AUGGAAGAAUUUGUGGAAGAUAUAAAUGAGAAUUGUCCAAACUGUUUAAAACAAUGGAAUAAAAAGAUGAAAUUUUGCCUUAACUGUGAUCUGCCUUCAUCGUCAUGGACAACUGGAAAUGAUGAGAUUGAUGAAAAAAUAAAACAAGUACAAUUAAAUGCUUUCCUUUAUACCAAUACUGCUACCUGGUUUGAGUGGAUUCCUUUCAGCGAAUUUAGUGAAAUUAAAUUUAUAGCUGUAGGAGGCUUUGGCAGUGUAUCAAGUGCUAUUUGGAAUUCAGGACGUGUUUGUGGCUUUGACGAGAAGAGAAGGAAACUUAUUCGAGAAGAAUCAACCGUCGUUGCACUGAAAACGUUAUUCGAAUCAGAUGUGGUUAGCUCUGAUAUUAUUCAGGAAGUAAGCUGA